AUGGAUAUUGAAGAAGCAAAUAAGUUCAUUAACUCAUUAGUUAAAAAUCUACAAGUUUUAUGUCAUGGUCAUGUGAACUUUAAUAAUUCCAUACAAGUUAUAGGACAUUUAUAUCUAAAUGUUGACAGUCAGACUAAUAUAGAUUAUAUUGUUAAUGAAAAAGUGUGUAAAAAUGACAAUUCUUCCACAAUGUUUGUUAGUAACAGUUAUCAUUCUGAGCCUAAAGCAAAAGUGAAUAAAAUUCCAGAAACCCAACAAGCCCCUGAUAAAUCAAAUGAUUUGACUUCAGGACAUUUCAAUAUGGCUAACCAAAGAAGCACCUCACAUCCUCAGCAUAACCUAAAUCAAACAAAUGACACAUUUGGACCAAACAGAAAGAAAAGAAUAAGACCUGAAAAGCAGUAUAUCAUUCAUCCUCCUAAAAUAUUUAAACCCACAGUUACUGAAGUUUCACCAUUACGACAACCAAGUGUACGAAGUCCUCAAAGUGAUUUUGUUGACAAUGACAGGAACUUAUUUCAUAAAUCAAAUCAACCAAGUACCUCUGCAACUAACUCUUCAUAUAAUACUGAGAGUGUCUCACAGUCAAGGAUACAUAAUUCUGAGCCUGAUGAGGAAGAAAAUAAACCAUUCCAAGUGAUACCCUCAAUAGAUUUAGAGAUAGAUUUAUCUAGAGUGAAAGCAGAACCUGUUGAUCGGGGUGAAGAUGAUGGAUCAACUAAUUUUACCUCAGGUGUGGGUACAUCUGAAGCAAGCACCCCUAAUAAUGAUAAUAAUUGUGAUAAUAGUGUACUGGCUGAUGAUAUGUGUAGUGACGAUUAUUUAAUAGGACUUCGUGAUAAAACAUUAGGACUAUAUCCUACAUCAUUGCAGCAAUCCAGUGAUCUAGCUUCUUCUUCAUCAUUUAACUUAUCUUCUUCUUCUACAGCAGUUGGUUCAUCUUCAUUUUAUAAUUCUAAAAAUAGUCCUGUCACGAUGAUGUCAGCAGAACAAAUUGAGAAAAUAAUGGGAAAUUCAAAGAAAAAGACUGUUAUAAGUGUCAAGAUGAAACAAGAUAUUUGUAGAAUUAAAGAUAACUGUCCCCAAAUUACUCAGAGUGGAAUUAUAAAAAUUGUUCAGAAAAAAUAUGGUAUUGUUAUAGGACAAUCUACUGUAGCUACGAUACUACAAUCUAAAGAUAGGUGGAUGUCUUUAUUUGAUGAUAGUUAUUAA